UUGGUGUUUUUUUUAAGUGGAGUUCAAAAUUAAAUUCAGUGACUAACCAUGCAUGAAUUCCCUCAAUCGCAAAGUUUGUACAGCAUUUAUUGAGAAAAUUGUAUAAUUAUCAACCUAGGGUGUUUACUGCAAGAAGAAUUUCUAAAUCGUUGUGUAAUGUCUAGUGUUUUGAAAAAUAUAUUUAAAAUUAAUUAUCUUUCACAGCUUGAAUAAUGCACAGUUCAUUGAAAGAAAUAGACGAUCAUAUAAUUCAAAAGUAUGACUUCAAGAAAAGAAUCGGAAAAGGGGCUUAUGGAAUCGUUUGGAAAGCAAUUGACAAAAAAUCUAAAGAAGCUGUUGCUGUUAAAAAAAUCUUUGAUGCGUUCAGAAAUCCGACAGAUGCUCAACGGACUUUCAGGGAGAUUAUGUUCCUGCAGGAGUUCAGCAGUCACCCUAACAUCAUUAAGCUGCAUAACGUUCAUAGAGCUUUGAACAAUAAGGAUAUAUACCUGAUCUUUGAGUAUAUGGAGACUGAUCUUCACAACAUAAUUGAGAAGGGGAACAUUCUGAAAGACAUUCACCGUCGCUACAUUGUCUACCAACUGCUCAAAGCAAUCAAGUACAUUCAUUCUGGCAAUGUGAUUCACAGGGAUCUCAAGCCGUCUAACAUCCUGCUGAAUAGCCAUUGCCACUGCAAGGUAGCUGACUUUGGCUUGGCGAGGUCAGUUUUGCAACUCAGCAGCCACGCAGGACAGAUCCCCGUGGACCCUUCACUGACCGACUACGUAGCUACCAGAUGGUACCGCGCACCAGAGAUACUGGUAGCUGCUAAGAGGUACACCAAAGGAAUUGACAUGUGGAGUAUUGGCUGCAUCUUGGCUGAGAUGAUUCUGGGAAAACCAUUGUUUCCGGGCUCGUCUACGGUUAAUCAAGUGGAGAAAAUCAUGGCUACCAUCGAACCUCCUUCUCCUAAAGACGUAGAGAGUGUAUGUACUGGCUACGGCAGUUCACUGCUGCAGAGGGCACCGCAAGGUCCACGGCUGUCGUUGGAGACUUUGCUGGGCGGAUGUCCGUCGGACGCACUUGACCUUGUUCACAGAUUGUUAGUGUUCAACCCGACGAGACGUUUGACAGCCGCACAGGCGCUAAGACAUCCCUACCUCUCCAGGUUCCAUAAUGCCAACACCGAGCCGGCCCUUGUCACUUCGAUAGUUCCGCUGCUUAGAGAUGAUAUUCAACUGAGUGUGGACGAAUACCGCAACAAACUGUAUAAAGUAAUCUCCAGAGCCGAGCGUAAGCUGAGCAAACCAACCAACAAGGGGGAAAAUGGACGGAAGCUAUCAGAGCCUGUUAUCCGAGCGCAGACCAGCCGCCACACACGCAGACCUACGCAGGAAGUAGUAACACAAAAGUCCAGUGCAGCUUUGGCGCCUCGUACCUCCACAUCUUCUUCCAAUCCCGUACGCUCGACGUUGGCUCGUCGCAGUUCUACUGGUUCCCAGUACAGCCACCAGGGGAGCCAUCAGUCCCAUCAUGACACUGUCACACUCACCACCAUCAAAGAGACUGUUCCUUUGCAACGCUCCCAGCCGGUUAUAAUAAACAAGGGUAUGAGGAUCUCGCAGAAACCAAAACCAACUCCGGGAUUUAGCGGCUACAUGAGACGGGUCUCUCACAAGGAGCCGGCCAGCUCACAGUACACCAGCUACGACCAGAAGUACGGCUACAUCACUGCCACCGAACUGCAGCAGAUCUGUCAUAGGGUCCAGUGGUAGUCACUAUCAAUAGAUAACUUUUGGAAUUUUCUAGCGAUUUUCAGUAGGUCUAUUAUAGGAUUUUAGUAAUUUUAAUUAGUUGUGAUUUCACAAAUUGCUCAUUACUCCGGCUGACCAAAGCGUUCAAAGUCUGAUGUAUUGCCUUCAGGUUUUUAUCGACUUUUUAUCCGUCAAAAUUAGAUGAAAACCUAGUAUAGUUAUAGUUGGAAAAUCAAAGUGUAGAUUAUGUAAAAUAUCGAAAAAUCAAAAAAAAUCCUUUAUACAUUACAAAGACCAAUAAAAUAUUUAUGGA